AGGCCCUAAAAAUAACAACUCCUGUUUUCCAUUAAGCAGUGAGUUGAACAGUGUUCGGCGGGUAACUUGCUGCAGGGAUAUCUGAGGAUUUGGUGGCAAGACUUUUUCGUCAUCACAGAAAGUUGGAAAUUCUGAAAGACGUUGGAAAAGGGAGCUCAAAGUGGAAUCACGGUCGGAACAAUGCCACGGGGAUCAGGUCAACAAACAAUUUACUCCAACAGCCAUUACGUGUCGCAUAGCAAACUUCAAUCGCCGUUGACAAUUCAGUGGCUUAAUGAAAAUUACGAAGUUUCUGAAGGAGUCAGUUUGCCUCGAAGUGCAUUGUAUUCUCAUUAUUUGGACUUCUGUGAAAAGAAUAACUUAGCUCCAGUCAAUGCAGCUAGUUUCGGAAAGAUUAUUCGCCAUACCUUUCCGAAUUUAAAGACCAGAAGGCUUGGAACACGUGGUCAGUCCAAGUAUCACUAUUAUGGAAUCACCAUCAAAUCAACCUCUCCUUAUCAUGACACCGUCUGCAAUGCAGCAAGGCAAAGCAACACCGGUUUUAGCCAAUCAUACAGCAAAACGGACAUAGAUGAGAGAACUCAGGGCCAUACAGUCCAUAAGAGUAAUCAUGGGACAAAUUCGUGUGUCACCACAGCGCCCGGAGGGACUUUAUUACCUGACUUCCCAAAGCCCAGCAAACUGACCUUACCGGAGGACGUGUCCCAAGAAAAAGUCAAAACGUUUCUUAUCAUGUACCGUGCACACUGCCAAAGAAUUCUAGAUACCAUCCUGAGAGCAAACUUUGGAGAGGUACAGAAUUUCUUAGUUCACUUUUGGCAAGGAAUGCCCAGUCAUAUGCUGGAAGUCCUCAGUUGCAGCGAAGUUGUAGACCUAAUUGGUCAGUGUGACACCAUCCUAUACAAAGCCAUCAGCGGAGUAUUAAUUCCCGGAACUCUUCAGCCCUUACCAGCAAGUUUGACUCAAGCAAUCCGUCAGUUUGCACAACAGCUGGACGAGUGGUUGACUGAAUCGCUGACUCAUUUGCCGGAACCAUUACAGAAGAAAAAGUUGGCAGUUGCUAAGAGUUUCUCACACUCACUGCGAAGGCAGACGUCUUUAACACAUCUUGCACAGGCUGCCCGGACAGUAUUGCACAGCGCAGAGCCUGUAUCCCAGAUGCUUAACGAUUGGAAACAAAUCGACUUCGAAGGAAUUACCCGUCAGGCCAUGUGGACUUUCAGCGAAUCCGUAGACGACGAUUAUGAACUUGUUUACGAACACUAUAAAGAGUUUACACAGCUUCUCGAUCAGCAAGCAACCAUAGAUCAGUACGCCGAAUGGGCGUCCAGUUUGGUCAACCGCUGUGUUAUGAAGCAAGUGGAGAAGACUGGAAAAACUUACAAGGAGUGCUCAAAAGACUUUCUUCUCAAAUGGUCCUUUUUCAGCAUUAAAAUUGUGCGGGAAUUAACAUUGCACAGCGCUCACAGCUUCGGUUCAUUUCACCUACUACACAUGCUCCUCGAAGAUUAUAUCCUUUACACGGUUGAAAACCACAACAAUGUGGAUGAACCGUCGGCCCAGUCCUCUGUUCGCGUUACCAAGGAGACCAACGUUCUGGAGGAACCUACGAGCGAAAGCAUGGAAGUUGAUGUCGUUGGGCCGAGGUCCACUGGCGCUAGGAAGACUGCUUGUCGAAGACAUUCAAGCUCUUCUUCAAUGGGUUCUCACAGGAGCCCCAGAGACUUGCCUCCCCAGAGGAGCCCAGCACAGCCCGUCAUGAUGCGUUCUUCGUAUCACGACAUGUCGCCGCAUCCCAUGACACCAAUGACGCCUACCACACCAACAAACAACAACAAUAACAACAACAACAAUAUAGGGAAAUACCCCAUGAUGGCAGAACAGGGCCACUUCCUGUAUCCGUCGCCUGAGGCCUAUGCAGCAAGGUAUAGUUAUGGGCCAAGCCAAGGUAGCUUGAUGCCCGCUAUGAAUCAUGGAAACAGCUUUGCCCCGACCAGUGGAAGUGAAGGGGGAAUUGCCAUGGGAGACUUUGACAUGUCAAGCAGUUAUGCGACAGAUGGAACUGGGUAUGCCGCUGGUCGCUCUAAAACCAGUAUGGCGGACUCCAGCUACGCAGUUAUGAAUCCUGCAGCCAACAUGGCGGCUUAUGAUUACAGGGGAAUCUCUUCAAUGGACCAUAUGAAGCAUUAUUCUCAGUACCCUCUCUCGGAACGAAGCUAUCCUUCCAGUUACAUGUUUCCAACGGCUGCAAUAACGACAAACGCCAUGUAUCCUCUGUCAGGGGUCAGCGGUGGCACUAACGACAGGUUUUAUCCGGAUGUGCUCGAGGAGUUCGUAGAUAUGCAGGCUGCAAUGCAUCAUGGAAUGCCUCCCCGAUCUGUGAGGUCCGAUUAUCCUUACACACCCGCAAUCCUGAGCAAUUAGAUACUUUGGUUGAUGUUGAGGAGAAACGUAAAUCAACUGUAUGGUAUUCAAAUUUUAAUAGUCUUAAUCGAAACUUGAAAAAAUAUUUUCAUGGAAAUCUUUAGUAUCUAUUGAAGAUCGUAUUGCAUAUAAAAAAUUAUAAGAAGUUCUUGUAGAAAUUUGGUGCCAUACAAUGAAUGAUGAAAUCAUAUCAAAGACAAAAUGAAUUAUUUUAACUUAAAACUUAGAAUUUUACGGGGUUUACAAAAUUUUUACCUCUGAGGAUGAAAUAUUGUUUUUCAGAUAGUUUGAAAAUGACGCUGUUGUAGUUUGGACAACAACAAAAGUUGAUAAAGUGAUUUAUUCACAUUUUGUAGAAUUGUGCUGGUAAAAAGACGCAAGAGUACAAUAUUAUUUAAGAAUACGAUAUUUUACCAGCUUAAUCACGAAGUGAGAGGAAUCGGUUUUAGAUAAUUUUGAACGUUUCUCGUUACCUACAGGAGACGUUCCAGUAUACCAAAAUGUGAAUCAAUGUUCGCAUCCGAGCAACUGUGCACCUACUCCCCCCCCCCUUCUCCCCUACUCUCACCCAGCAACAGUCAAUUUUUAAUAGCCUAAGAUUAUGUUGAGUUGAUGGGGGAGGGGGGGUAAGGUGAACAGUUGUUCAGAUACUGACAUUGAUCCCAAAAUGUAACUUUCACGUAGUUUUCUUCAUAGCCGUAUUUUGGGCUCGUAAAUCAAUUAUCUAAAUACGAGGGAAAAUUUCUUGCAUGCAUGUUCGUGUAUUUUGCGAUGUAAUAUAUUUUAUGUAAAAAAUCUAACUAUCAACUGCAGCAUCAAAGCUACUAUUGAAAUAAUCUAUCGGUUAAUAAAUCAAUUAAUUUGAACAACGUCAGGGACCGGUCAUUAUUUAUUAUCGGGGGGGGGGGAGGAAGGGGUCGGAGGAUUUUGAUUUUGUCAGGUUUAUAUUUACCUGGUUUACAUCUAAGGCUUUGUAAUAUUCUUUAAACAUUUUCCCCUCCCCCCCCUCGUGGCAGUUAAUUGGCAGAUAAUUUUCAAUUGUUCCCCUUUCUACUCUGUUGGCGACGACUGAUUCCCCCCCUGAAAACCAUGUGACCCCCCUCACAAAAUCCUCCACACCCCUUCCCACCCCAUGAUAAAUAAUAAAUGAUGCUUUAAAGAUUACGUUUAUAGCAUCAAAUGAGUAGAAGUAAAACUUUCCUAGCGACUGUUUGAGUCGACCGUGAGACUGGCCAUGUGCUUAUUAUCAGAUGAAAAAUAUUUCGUGUUGAACUAAAGGAACAAAAAAUGUUUAACGAGUAGUAGGUUUUGAUGUCAAGGAAUAAUUCAUCUAAGAGGGACAAAUAAAAAAAUGA